ACUGGCUUUCUGGCUCGCGCUGCGAGGCCCCGCCCCCUGGCCUGACGGACCGCGCAAGAGCAAGUUCAGACUGGGAACAGAACUUCCAACAUUUCGCUUAUUUUCACACUUUUUACAUGCAGAAAAAAGCGCCUCGGCCCUGUUCGCCCCUGUGCUGAAAGCGGGACUCCAUGCGCGCACAAUGACCCGAGAGGAGGAGCUGAUCCGGAUUGCUAAAAAGCUAGACAAGAUGGUGUCUAGAAAUAACAUGGAAGGUGCUCUUGACUUGUUGAGAGAGCUGAAAGAUUUCAAUAUGACUCUUAAAUUACUUCAGGACACAAGGAUUGGCAUGUCCGUCAAUGGAAUAAGAAAGCAUUGCACGGACGAGGAUGUCAUCUCUCUGGCUAAGAUUCUUAUCAAAAACUGGAAGAGGCUUCUGGAAUCUGCCCAUUCUCAAAAGGAUGAAAGACCCCUUGAACUGAAAAAUGGGAGUGACGACAGUAAGCAAACUGAAUCAUCCAGUGGACCUUCUCCUGACAGAGAGUCAAGCCCAAAAUCCAAUUCAGACUCUCACAAGGAACUUACUGACAAACACAAAACAGAGAAAAAAGAGGUGGAGGUAAAGAAAGAAAAACAAGAAAGUGACCAUAAAAAGGAGAAACAAUUGAGUAAUCAUGCAAAGGAGAAGGAUAGGAAGGAUGUUUUCAAUUCCAGCAUUUUCUCCCGUUCUCCACCACCCCAUCCUGCUUCUCCUCCCAAGAGUUCAUCUGUGGAAGUGAAGAGGGAGAGGAGAGACGCUCCAGUGGAUUUUUUUCCACCUCCGCCUCCCCUUCAUUCUCACUCUGCUCAUCCAAGGCGUUCAUCCACAGAAGUAAAGAAGGAGAGGAAAGAGGCUUCUAAUCCACAAAGUUGUCCUUUUCCUCUCAAUCUUCACAAUCCUCUUCCUCCUCAUAUCCGAAUUCCUAAACGUCAGCCAGAAGUGAAGAGAGACAGGAAAGAGACAUCAGAAACUUUGCCCCCCACCGUCUCUAAACAUUCUCACUCUCAUCGUUCCCCUCCUCAUCAUGCUCCUUCUAUUCCUCCACCUCCUCCUCCUCCUAAGAGACCUUCUCUAGACCUUCCUAAAGAGAGGAAAAUUGCUCCAGAUCCAAAUGCCCCAAUUCCUCCUUUGCCAUUUCAUCUGCAUCCUCCCCCUCCGAAACCAUCAGCUUUAGAGAAAAGAGAGAGAAAAGAGACUGCGGAUCCUGAUGCUCCUCUUCCCCCUCUUCCUCUUCAUCUUCAUCCUCCCGCUCCUCCAAAGCGCCCCUUAUUAGACAUGAAGAAAGACAAAGGAAAGGAGAAAGAGAAAGAAAGAAAAGAAACAUCAGCUCCAAAACAGAAUACACAGCAGCGGACCUCCGAACACAGUAAAGACAGCAGAGACGUUGGGGACAGUAAACCACCCAAAAGGUUGUCUGUGGAAAUGAAGAAAGAGAGAAAAGAUUCCACAGAUUUCAAACAGCAGCCUAAAAAACCCACCCUAGAGGGCAAGAAGGAAAGGAAAGACACAACUGAUUCUAAGUCAAGCCAGGGGCAGCAGUCAAGAGACUCAAAACCUCAGAGAAGGGACUCAAGCAACUCAAAGUCUUCCAGCUCACCACCAGCUAAGAAGCUCUCAGUAGAAAGAAGGGACUCAACAAACUCAAAGUCUUCCAGCUCCCCACCAGCAAAGAAGCUUUCAGGAGAAAGGAGGGAUUCUCACAGCUCCAAGUCUGCUCACCCAGGACUGUUACAAAGGAAGAUGUCUACAGACAGCAAUGAUGGACGGAAAAGCAAACCUGAGACUCCAAAGACGCCCACCACACCUACCAGCCCCAUGUCACCCUCCUUCAGCUCUGGAUCUGGACCUCUGUCCCCUCGCUUACUUACAGGGGACUCUAUCAGGGACAAGUGCAUCGAAAUGCUGUCCGCUGCACUGCGUACAGAUGAUGACUACAAAGAUUAUGGGGCGAACUGUGAUGCCAUGGGAGCUGAAAUUGAAGAUCAUAUCUACCAGGAGAUUAAAGCCACAGAUAUGAAGUAUAAAAACAGAGUGCGUAGCCGCAUCAGCAAUUUGAAGGAUCCAAAGAAUCCCAACUUGCGUAAGAAUGUCCUGGAUGGAGCCAUUGAUCUGAGACGCAUUGCCACUAUGACUGCUGAGGAGAUGGCCAGUGAUGAGCUAAAACAGCUGAGGAAUGUUAUGACCCAAGAAGCUAUUCGUGAGCACCAGAUGGCAAAGACUGGUGGAACUACUACUGACCUGCUACAGUGCGGCAAGUGCAAGAAAAAGAACUGUACUUACAACCAGGUGCAAACUCGCAGUGCUGAUGAGCCUAUGACCACGUUUGUGCUGUGCAAUGAGUGUGGAAACCGCUGGAAGUUUUGCUGACUUCCCAUUCAAAGCUCUUCAGCACAACAUGGAGACAUCUGGUUGCCCAUUUUUACCUGGAUGAUGAUGGAUGGAAUAUACAGUAGUGUGUGAUUUUACAAAGCGGAAUGAUCUUUAAUGAGACAGGUCAUUGUUUUUCUAAUUAAAUUAUUUUAGUAAUUCUGCAUUGAAUAAAAACUGUGACACAUGGUGCAGCGUUUUAAAAAUUUGCAAUUUUGUAUCAUUCAAAGAAAUUAUUUAAAUUUUUAUCUUUAUAGAGUCCUGUAAUUUGCUUCACAUUUUUUUUCUACUAAUAGCCAAAUGCAUGGUCUGAGGUGAAAUUAAAAUGAAAAUGUCCUGUUUGAAUCAAAUCCAAAUGUAGGAUGAAAUUUCAAAUUGUGCUUUCUUCAGAGUUGCACUGCAGUUCUUCAAUAAAAAUAGUAAAAGUGUG